CUUAAACAUGGCCGCCCUAGCAACCACGGGAUGCGAGGAUAAACUGUGCUCGCAGGGAGAUGGAGACUUCAGUUUUCAGCACUGCUGCACGUCAUCCCGAGUAAACAGUGAUGGUUUGGACCAAAGGGAGGCCAGACAGAAAGCUGCACAGUUUCUCAGUGAAGCCGAGAAGAACAGGAGACAGAUUGAGAAAUUGGAGAAAGAGAGGACGCUGACUGCUCAGUGCAGAAAAAACGGCUGGACAGAUGUUUUAUGGGAACUAGAAGAAUACGAGAAGGUGCUGGAAGAAGAACGAAACGCUGAGAAGGUGAAUCUUCAAAAGCAGUUAUUGAAGAUUCACAAUGGCGUGAGAAAAUUUCAGAGACAUCUGAUUGAUGUGAAACCAACUCCUGAAUUGAUUGAAAGACUGAAGGAAAUAAUGUCAGAGGUGGAAAUCUCAAUUAACACCCUAAAGGAGGAACAGCGGUCAUGCUUUGAGGAAUUUUUAAAGGAGGAGAGGACGUGUAAACAGGAGAUCACCGCUUACGAGAAGAAGAUUGAAAAUUGGAACUUUGCUCUCAAAUCAAACCUCAAACUACCCACAGCUCCCACUGUUAAGACCAAACCCCCAGACAAAGACCUCCCUGCAGAGGUCAGAGCACUGGAAGCUUUCUUACAGAAGACAGGAGGACCUUAUGGUGGCUGGGACCAGUAUGACCACCAAGCCUACCUUAAAGUCUGGACAAAACACAGUGGGAGGCCAAGCUACAGGAAAGAGGCCAAACUGUACCUGCCUGGGAAAACUGGGGAGGAAAUAGAACAACAUGAGGACUGGCAUCAGGAGCUGAUCUACCUGCAGGACAGAAAGAGAGAGGCCAUUCAGCGGUGGAAAGCCAGCAAGCAUCAAGAACGUCAGACCAGGAUACAGAUUCAGGAGGAAACAGAGGAGGCCGAGAGGAGGGGGAAGGAAGCCAAAAGCCAGGCCCAGCAACACAGGUCUGAGGAGGAGAGGAGGGAGGCGGCACGGCAGCUGGAAGAAUGGAGGGAGGAGAAGAGAAGGAAAGAAGAGCAGGAGGAGGAGCAGAGACUGGCUGAGGAGAUACAAAACCGGAAAAAGGCAAAGGAAGAGCGUCGCCGCCAGCUGGAAGUGAAGCUGACCAUAGAGGAGCAGCUUCGACUGAAGAGAGAGGAAGAGGAGGAGAAGGGGAGGAGGAAGAGAGAGGAGGAACAGAGAGAGAUGGAGGAAAGGAGAAGGGAGGCGACAAAGGGCAUCAAACGCUUCACUGAAAGGGAUCUUCACAAGGUGGAAGCAAAGCUUCAUGAGAAACAGCUGAGGGAGAAGGAGGAAGAGGAAAGACAGAAGAGGAUCGCUGUUCAGUUGAAGGAGAAGGUGGAUGGUCAUGUCAGCAGAGACCCCUCCAGACUGACUCGUCCCACUAAAGGAUGGCAGGAGAGAAUGAAACACGUCGGACCUUCAGGAGGAGGACCCGUGCUGCAGAUGUUUCACAGAGCUGUUCCCACUUGGAGACAAGGCCUGUGAUGAAUCCAACUGAACAGUCCUGAAAUCUGUUCACACAGUUUUGUUGUUGUUUUUAACAGAAAUUAGAUUAAAGUAAGAUUUGUGAUUUUUUUAAUGGUACCUCAAUACCAAAAUGUACCUUUAUGAGAAUUUUUUAUGUGGUGCUGUUUGAGAUUUUGUACAAUUCGUGAAUCGAAUGCACUUGCAAUUUAGACUGUGAAACUGCUUUAUUAAUUAAAAACUUGUCGUUAUA